GAGAUGGAGUAUUUUAGAAAGCCACCUGCAUCUGAACGGCUUUUGCAGCUUUCCGGGGCAAAUAAUGCAUUCGCCAUCUACCUCUAUCAAACUCUUCGAGAUGGACGGGGUGGUAGAAACGUAUUCUUCUCUCCCCUCAGCAUAUCCACAGCUCUGGCAAUGACGCAGCUAGGAGCCAGAGGUGAUACAGCCAGUCAGAUCGCAAAUGUCUUUCGUGUCAACCAGGCAGACCUCAGGCAACUUCAUGGAACAUUUAAAGAACUGAACAGUUUGCUCUAUAAACCAGAUUCUGGUUACAAGCUUCAUGCAGCCAAUAAGCUAUAUGGAAAAUCUGGCUACAACUUUGUUCGGUCGUUUCUCGAAGGUACUGCUUCAUACUAUGGAGCAGCCAUUGAGGCAGUUGAUGACUUUGCAGAUCCCACUACCACUAAAUCUAUUAACGAUUGGGUUUCAAAGCAAACAGAAGGAAAGAUUAAAGACUUGAUAGCUCCGGGAGUUCUUCACGCUCUCACUAGACUUGUUCUUGUAAAUGCCAUUUAUUUCAAUGGUGUAUGGGAAUCAAAAUUUCUUCCAAGCAAUACUACUCAGGAUUCUUUCAAGGUUUUAGAUGAAAGAAGGAUUGUACAGAUGAACCGUAUGUUUCAAAGAAAGAAAUUCAAUUUGGCCAUAGAUAAAUCCAAUGACUGUCUUGUCUUAGAGUUGCCUUAUAGAGGCCAGUGCCUGAGUCUACUGAUUGCUCUUCCAAACAAAGACGAUGGCCUAGAUAAACUUGAGUCGAAUCUAUCUACGGAAACAUUCCAAUCUUGGGACAAAGGGCUUCAAUCAACACUAGUAAACGUGAUGCUGCCAAAAUUCAAGCUAGAGGCAGAAUUCCAACUUGCAGAUACCCUCAAAGUAAUUGGAAUGCCUGACGCUUUCGAUGAAGACAGGGCCAACUUCGAAGGCAUCACAGGUGAUAAAGAUUUGUAUAUAUCUGCAAUCAUCCACAAGGCGUUUGUCGAUGUCAAUGAAGAAGGGAGUGAGGCAGCUGCUGCAACAGCCGUUGUGAUGCUGUAUGACAAGUCUAGGCCAGCCAAGCCAGAGAAUCCAAUCUUGUUCCGUGCAGACCACCCGUUCCUGUUUAUCAUUCGUCACAGGUUGACUAAGUCAGUCAUCUUCAUGGGUCGAAUGAUGGACCCGUCUUAGGUCUUUCAUUGCUUGUGUAGCUCCGGUCCUCUUAUACGCCUGUAUUAUAUGACGCCAUUAAUGUUAUCUUGUAAAUGGAUUGGAUCAGACCUUGACCUAUACUGAUUUCAUGUUUCUUUCACCAUGCCCUGGUAAAAACAUAUUUAAUACUUGUUGGUGAACAAAAUAUUACACAGUUCUUGUUUCUGUGUAUAGCAAGCAUCUGACACUUAGCGUUCAGAUGGGGAGCUCGGGGUCACCUGCCUUACCUUAUUUUUCACGACCAAGGAAAAAAAAAAGAAGAGGAAAGAGAGAAGGUGAAAUAUGAUUACUAUUUUCUAAAUAUUAUUUCAAAAUCUAUCACAACUUUGGAUAUUUCUAAUAAAAAUGUCAAAAUUUGCUCGCUCGCUUCGUUCGCUUGCAACUUUUUAUAAAUUUUGCCCGAUAAGCCACAUUUCCCCCGUCAAAAUGUUUGGCUCAUUACGUCGCUGAUCUGGCGAGCAAUCAGGUUGUCAUGACCGAUCAGGUAUUUUUGUUGUAUUUCUGUUUUGGUGUUUUGUAUUAGUUUUGUUUAACUGUUAUUUUCAUAGAAAGAAGUGGUAAUCAGACGUGGAACCAGGGAAGGGAAUGUAAAAUUUGGAAAUGUGUUUGGUGCACUCCAAUGCGCACCUCUUAUUGAGCAAUGAAUUUUAUUCUUUUUUUUUGCUUGUAAUUUUUUUAGGACAAAUUCGCACCCCGUAAAAGUCCGACUGUAGAUUCUCACCCUGGUUGGAGUGGUUGUGGUCCCGGGGUUGUUGUAUUGAUAUGAUUCGUAUUACUUUGGCCAUUCCGCAAUAUCUUUCCUUGUCAAGCUCAGAGUUCUAUUAGACUAACCCAAUUGCAGUAUUGGUAUUUUACACCUAAUAUUAUAACUUCAUUUGAACAUCUUAUUUUGAUCGGCUGUUUAGCAGGGAUUACACAGUUUUCGCAAUUAGAAAUCAGUAGGUUAAUAUGGCAAGCUCCCACCGACGCACUGGCGUUCUUUGGCAAGGCAUCAAUUUAUAACCUACUGAUUUGUAAUUGCGAAACGUCGAGAUUGGGUGGUCAUUUCCGGACCAACACUUGCCCAAGAAAGAUACAUGGUGUACGUACCGUGAAACCUAUACUACCCUAGCUGACUGAUAUUUUCCAUUUACUUCAACCGUUUUAUUAAAACUUGGAUAAUUGGAAUAUGUAAAACGUGCACCUGAGCGUUUAUUUCUUUUCCAUAAAAAUUGUACAUUAGACAUUUUGUAAAUUUUGCCUAAGGUGUAAUCUGGCUAACAGAUGAAGGGGCUUGAAUCAUGCCCCCUCCAAAAAUGUCCCACGUCCCAGACAGAACGGGAAAGAAAGGAAUAAUCGUAUAAUUUUCUGAAUACUAUGUCACAAUCUGUCCGAAAUUUAAAUUAUUGUAUUGAAAAGGUAAUUUUUUUUGCUUCGCUUGCUCGCAUGUUUAGAACUUUUGCUUCAUCUGCCACAUUUUGACACUUCAAACUAGUGUUCUCAUUA